AUGUCAGUGAAGAGCCUCGUGGCGCAGAGUGAUUACAGCCAGUCGGCAACACAGAGUUAUGGGGCAUACCCAACUCCACCCGCGCAGGGCUAUUCUCAGCAAACUAGCCAGCCCUAUGGGCAGCAGAGCUACAGCGGUUACGGACAGUCAGCAGAUACCUCUGGAUAUGGCCAGGGUAGUUACAGCUCGUACGGCCAGACUCAAAGCUCUGGCUAUGGCACGCAGUCGACGCCACAGACUUACAGCUCCUCAACCGGGUAUGGCAGCAAUCAGACUUCUCAGACAUCCUACGGGCAGCAGUCCACCUACCCCAGCUACUCUCAGCAACCAGCCAGCUCCACCACUGGAAGUUACGGUAGCAGUUCUCAGACUUCCAGCUAUGGGCAGCCCCAGAGCGGGGGCUACGGCCAGCAGUCCAGCUACGGCAGCCAGCAGCAGAGCUCCUACGGGCAGCAACCUUCCUACAAUCCACCACAAAGCUACAGUCAACAGAGUCAGUACAGCAGCAGCAGUAGCAGCGGAGGAGGCGGCAGCAGCGGAUCCGGUGGCUAUGGCCAGGAUCAGUCCUCCAUGAGCGGAGGUGGCAGCGGCGGCGGCUACGGCAGCCAGGACCAAGGGGGAUACGGCGGCCAGCAGGACCGCAACCGUGGCCGAGGCAGUGGCGGUGGUGGCGGUGGUGGAGGAUACGGGAGAGGUGGCUUUGAUCGGAGCGGCGGCGGCCGAGGCGGCAACAGAGGGAGCAGUCGUGGAGGCAUGGGCGGUGGUGAGCGAGGUGGUGGCUUCAAUAAAUUUGGUGGACCCCGGGACCAAGGAUCACGCCAUGAUUCUGCUGGCGAGCAGGAUAACUCUGACAAUAACACAAUCUUUGUCCAGGGCCUCGGUGAAAAUGUAACCAUUGAGUCAGUAGCUGAAUUCUUCAAGCAGAUUGGCAUCAUCAAGACAAACAAGAAAACUGGACAACCCAUGAUAAAUCUAUAUACAGACCGUGAGACAGGAAAGCUUAAGGGAGAGGCCACAGUCUCCUUUGAUGAUCCCCCAUCUGCAAAGGCAGCUAUCGACUGGUUUGAUGGAAAGGAAUUCUCAGGCAACCCCAUCAAAGUUUCCUUUGCCACCCGGAGGGCAGACUUCACCCGAGGAGGCGGGAAUGGACGCGGAGGAAGAGGCCGGGGCGGCCGAGGAGGACCUAUGGGCCGUGGUGGAUUUGGCGGUGGUGGAGGCGGUAGCAACAGUGGCUCCAGUGGGGGCAACCGGGGCGGCUUUCCCAGCGGAGGAGGGGGCCAGCAGCGUGCCGGAGACUGGAAAUGUCCCAACCCGACAUGUGAGAAUAUGAAUUUCUCAUGGCGUAAUGAAUGCAAUCAGUGCAAAGCACCAAAACCAGAUGGGCCUGGAGGGGGGCCACACAUGGGAGGUGGAUUUGGUGAAGAGCGUCGUGGGGGCCGUGGGGGCUUUGACCGAGGUGGUUUCCGGGGAGGCAGAGGUGGAGACCGGGGAGGAUUCAGAGGUGGAAGAGGUGGAGACAGAGGCAACUUUGGGCCAGGAAAAAUGGAUUCCAGAGGAGACCACAGACAAGACCGCCGGGAGAGGCCCUAUUGAGCCUGUACAGGAUCCCAGACGAUGUGAAUUUAUAAACUUUUUUUUAUUUUGUAUGAUGUCAGGUUGCAAGUUU